CGCCACCGCUCUCAUUCAGACAAUGGGAUGUUCCAACUCUGGUGACACCCACUGGCCCGCCGCCCCUCUCUAAGCCUCCUGCUCUUAUACCACCUUCAAGGCCUUUUGUGUUGCAAAACCCAGCAAAUGUUUCUGUUUCUCCAAUGCAGUUGCCACCCAUAUCUGACUCUGUGGAGAAGGUAGAGGAGACUCCAAAACCAAAGUUAAAGCCUUUACAUUGGGAUAAAGUUAGAGCCAGCUCUGAUCGCGAGAUGGUGUGGGAUCAGCUAAGAUCGAGCUCGUUUAAGUUGAAUGAAGAAAUGAUCGAAACAUUGUUCGUUGUAAACAACCCUAACUUAAAACCGAAGGAAACAACUCCACGCUCGGUUAUUCCAUCGCCAAAUGUAGAGAAUAGAGUACUUGAUCCCAAAAAGUCACAAAAUAUUGCAAUUUCGUUAAGGGCGCUCAAUGUAACUAUAGAGGAAGUAUGUGAAGCCCUUUUAGAAGGUAUAGCCCCCACUUCUUUUGGCUACACGUUUGAACGUGCCUUUUUGUUGUUCUCCCUUUUUAAAGUUUCAUUGUUGAAUAACUGCCUCGAUUUGGUUGCGGUGUUUGCGG